AUGUCGUCCACAAUCCAUUUUCUCGAUCCGGCGAAUUUCCAGUCUCAGUCCGACGAGUUUCUCUCUUGGCUGUCUGGUAAGCCUGGGGUGAAGGUUAACCCUAAGAUUUGCCUCGCUGAUUUGAGAUCCAGAGCGGCGGGCAGAGGUGUCGUGGCGCAAUCCGAUAUUGCCGAAGGUGAAGAACUUUUUACGAUUCCCCGCGAACACGUCCUUUCAACUCAGAAUUCAAACUUGAAGGAUCUGCUCCCCCAGGAUGUGGAGGAGCUGGGGCCAUGGCUGUCCCUUAUGCUGGUCAUGAUCUACGAGUAUCUUCUCGGUGAUAAAUCGGCCUGGUCAUCAUACUUCAAGGUCCUUCCUCGAAAAUUUGAUACCCUAAUGUUCUGGUCGCCUUCAGAGCUCCAUGAGCUUCAGGGCAGCGCAAUCGUUGAUAGAAUUGGCAAAGAAGGCGCGGAAGAAUCCAUUCUUGAAAUGAUUGCUCCUAUUGUGAGAGCGAAUCCAUCCCUCUUUCCGCCGGUGGAUGGUCUAGCAUCGUAUGAUGGCGAUGCUGGCACUCAAGCCCUCUUGAACCUCGCUCAUAUGAUGGGAUCUCUUAUCAUGGCUUACGCCUUCGAUAUUGAGAAGCCCGAAGAUGAGGAUAAUGAAGGAGAUGAUGAAAGCGGAUAUAUGACUGAUGACGAGGAACAAUUGUCCAAGGGCAUGGUUCCCUUGGCAGAUUUGCUGAACGCCGAUGCAGACCAGAAUAAUAUGAAGGCUCGUCUUUUCCAAGAAGAGAACGGUCUUGUAAUGAAGGCUAUUAAGCCUAUUAGUGUAGGGGCUGAGAUUUUCAAUGACUACGGAGAGAUCCCCCGUGCGGACCUUCUGAGGAGGUACGGCUAUGUGACCGAUAACUAUGCUCCUUACGAUGUAGUUGAGCUGUCACUGGAGCUUAUCUGCCAGGCCGCGGGCCUUGAAAAUGCUGAUAUUGAGAACCAACCUGCGCUCCAAUUCCUUGAGGACUUGGAAGUCCUUGAUGACGGUUAUGACAUUCCGAGACUGUUAGACGAUGAUUUGGCAGGUGUUCUUCCAGACGAACUGAUCCUGUUGACUAAGACGCUGUGCAUGUCGAGUGACGAGCUGAAGCAGCAAGUUUCAAAGAACAGACCCCCAAAGCCCUCGUUUGGUCGCGAGGAAGUAACGCUUUUGUUAAAGGCUGUUCAAUCGAAGCAAGCCCAGUACACAACGAGUCUUGCACAGGACAAAGAACUGCUGGCGCAAUUGAACCAGUUGGAGGCUACAACCCCCUUGGAAGACUCUGCACGACGACAAAAAAUGGCAAUCCAGGUUCGGAUUGGGGAGAAGGAAAUCCUGCAAGCUUUGUCCGAUAUGCUCAUCGCUAACUCAGAGGGAAGCACGACCUCAAAGCGAGCCGCCAACGGCGACAGUGAUGCCUCGAGGAGAACAAAGGCCCAGAGGACUUGA